CACAAACAGUUUGACGUCAUCGGCGGGCCGUCCGACAGGGAAGGGCAGAACAUGGAUCUACAUUUUCCGACGUGCACCGCACUCUGAGCUCGUUAAAGCCCCCGGAAGGUUUCGGUUCGGCCUCUAUGAACCACGCUAGCGGCGCUUUCGCUUCCAACUCAACAAACAGCCGCAGCUAGCGUUAGCCGGUCAGCUAGUUCUGUAACUUUUACUGUAACUAUCAAAUAGGAAGCGACUUUUCUCAGCAAAGCAUGGCGUUAAUCCUGUUAACGAGGUCCCGGGCACCUUUAAUGAAAACCUCCAGGUCACUAAAGAGCGAAUUCCGCAAAGGGAAACUAAAGGAAGGUGCCUGUUUCAACUGCACAAGCCUCAGAUUCGCCAGUCAAAAACCCGAUGCGCUGCGACUCGGCAGCUUGUCCCAGCUUCCCUCCUUCGGUCCGUCCCUCCCCCUGUCAGAUGAAUAUGUGGCUCAGAGCUCAGACUCCCAGCGGCUCUACUGCGCUUUCGUUCUGGGAUCUUCCUCCUCCUCUUCCUCCCCGUACCCCGCGUUCACAUCGGGCUCCCCGUGGACGAUAGCGCGACCGCAGGACAUCGCCGGCGUCCGGUGGAUCCACACCUCCAGGAGGCGGUGGGACGACUCGAAGGUGGAGAAGUCGCUGCGCUCGUUGAAGGACAAGAAGAAGCUGGAGGAAGGCGGGCCGGUGUACAGCCCCACGCUGGACGCCGAGCCGGUCAGACGGACGCUCCGGCAGCGAGUGGUGGACGAAGUGAAGCACUACUACCACGGCUUCAGGCUGCUGUGGAUCGACACCACCAUCGCAGGACGGAUGCUGUGGAGGGUCCUCAACGGACACGCUCUGUCUCGACGGGAGAGGAGACAGUUUCUCAGAACGUGCGCCGACGUCUUCAGACUUCUUCCCUUCCUCGUCUUCAUCAUCGUCCCCUUCAUGGAGUUCCUGCUUCCUGUGGCGCUGAAGCUCUUCCCCAACAUGCUGCCGUCCACGUUCGAGACACAGUCAAAGAAGGAGGAGAGGUUGAAAAAGGAGCUGAGGGUCAAACUGGAGAUGGCCAAGUUCUUGCAGGACACCAUCGAGGAGAUCGCUCUGAGGAACAAAGCCGCCCAAGGAAACGUGACCGAGGAGUUUUCCACCUUCUUCCAGAAGAUCCGGGACUCUGGGGAGCGUCCCAGCAACGAGCAGAUCCUGAAGUUCUCCAAACUGUUCGAGGACGAGCUCACCCUGGACAACCUGACCAGACCUCAGCUGGUGGCUCUCUGUCGCCUGCUGGAGCUCCAGUCCAUCGGCACCAACAACUUCCUUCGCUUCCAGAUCAUCAUGAAGCUGAGGGCCAUACGUGCAGACGACAAGCUGAUAGCGGAGGAAGGCGUGGAGAGCCUGAAUGUGAAUGAAAUUCAGGCGGCUUGUCGUGUCCGAGGGAUGAGAGCUCUGGGAGUCACAGAAGAAAGACUGAGAGAGCAGCUCAGCCAGUGGUUGGAGCUGCAUCUGAACCAGCAGAUCCCCACCUCUCUGCUGCUUCUCUCUCGAGCCAUGUACCUCCCCGACACCUUGUCUCCUGCCGACCAGCUGAAAACCACGUUGCAGACACUUCCAGAAAUGGUGACCAAAGAAGCCCAGUUGAUGAUGUCGGAGAUGGAGCUCUCCAAAGUGGACAAUAAGACCAAACUGGAGGCGACGCUGCAGGAGGAGGCAGCCAUACGCCAGGACAACAAGGAGCGGGAGCUGGAGAGGCUGGCCGACGCUGCAGAGAAAGCUGCCAGGGAAGGCGAGUUGGAGCUGGAAGCUGUGAGGGUGAAGGCAGAGCCGGCGUUUAAAGCCGACACGGCGGCUCGUUCAGAGGUCCUGAGGGAUACGGCGCCCGUCAUCGAGGGGAUCAAGAGUGAGGAGAUCACCAAAGAGGAGAUCGACAUGCUGAGCGACGCCUGCUCGAAGCUGAAGGAGCAGAAGAAACUGUUGACUCUGGAGAAAGAAGAGCUGGAAGAGCUGAAGGACGACGUCCAGGAGUACAACGAGGACCUGGAGGAGAUAAAGAAGGAGCUUUCUAAGACGGGUCAGGAGAAGGCCCUGGAGGAGUCGAAGGCCAGCAAGCGCCUCUCUAAGAGGGUCAACCGGAUGAUCGGUCGCAUCGACAAGAUCAUCCUGGAGCUGGAGAAGGACAAAGUGAUCCUGGACGGACAGGUGGACAGCGGAGCCACCCCGCCUGUUGGUCUGUUCUACACCUUCAGGGAGAACCUGAUCAGCAUCGACGAGCUCAUCAACGUCAUGCGGCAGAUCCAGAACAUUCCAGAGCACAAGCUGCAGAGCAUCGCCGAGGCGCUCGACGACAACAAGGACGGCAAGAUCGACAUCGACGACGUCAUCAAAGUGGUGGAGCUGAUCGACAAGGAGGACAUCGACAUCUCCACCUCGCAGGUCGCCGACAUCAUGGUGAUGCUGCAGAAGGAGGAGAAGCUGGUGGAGAAGGAGAAGGCCAAAGAGAAGGCUGGGAAGGAGCAGGCAGCCACACUCAACCACUAACUCACUUUCCCUCGUAGACACUCACACAAAAAAACCCAAAAUAAUAAUAAUAAUAACAAUAGACCGCUGAGGAGUUCGUGGCUUUUACUCGGUCACAUCGAACUCUGGAUGCAUCCGGACGAGUCGAGGGAGAAUCUCAAGGUAACCGCUGCCUUCUUGUCUGAGAAAAGCGUUUGAAAUCAGAAAAAAAGAAGGCGCGCUGCCUUUGAAAUGCACAAAAAAAAUCAACUUAAACAUGGACUGAUGAUGUUUUGUAUGUGGAUAUGAGGCUUUGUUAUUUAUCAGUGCAGGGAACACACCGUGGGUCAGACUUGAACGCUGGUAAAGGGGAAAACCGGUCAGGAAAUCACGUUUUUUGGGAAAUUUUCUGCGUUAUUUGAAGUUUGAGGUGAACCGUCUUGCCUUUCAUUUCAAUCAUCUCAGAGAAAUGAGAGAUCAUUUCUGGAAUUUGCACAGUAAACAUCAUUACCGUCAUUCCACUCGCUUUCUUUUAAGUUUUGUUCGUUUAUCCAUCCGACUCCCAUGUUGUAAAGUGUUUUUUUUUUAUUUCCUGAAUUGUACUCGGACAGGUAGCUAGAUGUUUAAAUGGUGGCUGCAACCAAGAUUACGGUAGAAAUAAUGUUAAAAAACAGAAAAAAUGGGUUUAACUUUAAAAAUGCUCAUCCUAAGAAUAAUAAAAAUUGUUUUAGCUUCUAUAAACAGUGGUGUUUAAUGAGAUUAAAGUGUCAGGAGCAAAAAAUAAAUAAAAUGUGAGAUCAAAAUUAAUUAAAAACUACACUUUA